UGAACGUUGACAUUGUAACAUGAUUGCAUCAUCAAGUAAGAAUCCCGAAAAUGAGAUCGAAGAUCCUGUCGAGCAGAUGCUAAAGAAGACCGGUUGCAUGGAAUUGCAUUAUCAAGUUCAAGAAUGUAUAGCUGAGCACCAAGAUUGGAGAAAAUGUCAAGAUCAGGUGAAGAAGUUUAAAGAAUGUAUGGCUGAGCAUACAAGAAAACAAGAAUUAAGACACAAGUGAUAGUUUUAUCUUAAAAAUG